AUUUCUGUAAUAAAAGUUUGUGUGAAUAUUAGUAAUAUUGUUUCCUUCUUUCCUGGAAGCCACUUCAACCACAUGGAACCACGUAAUGAUACACAAAUUUCAGAAUUUCUCCUCCUGGGAUUUUCAGAGGAACCAGAACUGCAGCCCCUCAUAUUUGGGCUUUUCCUCUCCAUGUACCUGAUCACUGUGUUUGGAAACCUGCUCAUCAUCCUGCUUGUCAGCUCAGACUCCCAUCUCCACACCCCCAUGUACUUCUUCCUCUCCAAUCUGUCCUUUGUAGACAUCUGCUUCACCUCUACCACCAUCCCAAAGAUGCUGUGGAACAUCAAAACUCAGAGCAAAGUUAUAACCUAUGAAGGUUGCAUCACACAAAUUUACUUUUUCCUACUCUCUGCAGUAUUGGACAUCUUUCUCCUGACUGUAAUGGCCUAUGACCGGUUUGUGGCCAUCUGCCACCCCCUGUAUUACACAGUCAUUAUGAACCCCCGGCUCUGUGUACUGCUGGUUCUGGUGUCCUGGAUAGUGUGUAUACUGAAUUCCUUGUUACAAAGUUUAGUGUCGUUGCAGCUUUCCUUUUGCACAGAUGUGAAAAUCCCCCACUUUUUUUGUGACCUCAGUCAAAUGAUCCAACUUGCCUGUUCUGACACAUUUCUUAAUAACAUGGUGAUGUAUUUUGCAAGUGUACUGUGGGGUGGUGGUCCCCUGGCUGGUAUCCUUUACUCUUACUCUAAGAUAGUUUCCUCUAUACAUGGAAUGUCAUCAUCUCAAGGGAAGUAUAAAGCAUUUACUACAUGUGCAUCUCACCUCUUAAUUGUCUCCUUAUUUUUUUGUACAAGCCUAGGAGUGUACCUUAGCUCUGCUGCUACCCAUGGCUCACAGUCAAGUGCAACAGCCUCAGUGAUGUACACCGUAGUCACACCCAUGCUGAACCCCUUCAUCUAUAGUCUGAGGAACAAAGACAUAAAGGGGGCUAUGAAGAGAUUCUUCGUGAUGGAAAGUCUUAAAAGGCCAAUUGUUCUGGGUCUGGAGAGGUGCCCAUGGCUUAAGGGAUCAAAGCUUCAGUCAGUAGUUGUGAUUCUUUAA